AUGGACGCCGUCGAUCUGUUGAACCCGCCGCAUAUUCCCACCGAUCGCGCCGAAUCGAGGUUUUGUGCGAAAUUGUGGGACUGCACCACGGAGACUCGCAUUCAGUCGGGCCAGAUAAUCGCAUUGACGACUCCGGACCCUGAGGCGUUGCCACUCCCGUCCUUUGAGCUUCUGCGGGUGCACUGGACGAUAAACAGGCUGUAUGUGAUUAGUGGAGCGGCGGGUGGUUGGAAUGAAAAAGACGAUGAUGGAACGCUUUAUGAUGGAUCUAGCGAGAAUGAACUUUUUGGCGAUCAUCACGAUUAUGAUGGUGAGUUUUCCAGCGAGGAAGAUAUCGAUACUGCUUUUGAAGUUGUCGAGACUCCGAUAACUCUUGGCCCUCGUCAACGAUAUCAGUAUUGUUGGUGA